AUGCUGGCAACCCGUCGGCUACUUCUGAACAUACCGCCAGUUGCAAGUUCCCAGGCGACCCUCCACAGUCGUAGUUCAGUGCCGCGUGUGGUUGAUGACCGUCAGAAGUCAAGAGCUUUUCCACCUGAUGCCGGCUACCAGUUUCGCUACCAUCGCCCAGGAAUAGACCCACUACCACGUAUUCCAGGCUGUCGCGUACCAGUCGCGCGACCGCCAAUUCGCAACCGCCAACCAUGGCGAGAUUCGCAAGCGCUAUUUGGCCAGAAUGACUACAUCGACCUACUCGGAGAUGGUCAACUUCACCCAGCCUUAUUGCAGUAUCAUACGCCAAAGUGGCUACGAGGUUUUCCUGGACAGCACCGUGCGAAUGAACUGGUGAAACUGAUUCACUACAGGAACUUGUAUGCAGAAAAAUUGAAGCAGAACUCGCCCAGAAGAUGGCAUGAACUUUGUAAAAGGAUCAAAUAUUUGCUCAUACAUCAUAACUACGAAAAACAAGACGAGCUACAGCGUGAACGUGAUCUUGGCCUAUGGGACGAAGAACCAGAUUAUUUCUAUAAAGAUAAAUCGAGACGAUCCUAUCAAGAUCUGGUUUGA